AUGGAUAAUAUAAUAACAAAUAAUAAAAUAUUAUCAAGUACACAAAAACAAGAUCUCCAAAAUAAAAUACUCAGAAGAAGAGAAAAUCUUUUCCCUGUCAUACCACCUGUUAAUGAAGAUACUAUAUUUGAUGAAAUAAAAAAUUCGAUAAUAACUAUCGAUAUGAAUAAAAUAACUGAAGUCAGAAAGUUAUUAGAAAAUGGAAACAUCGAUCAAAACAUUAAAAAUUCUAGAAUAUCCUAUAAUAAAAUCAACGAAUUACAAAAUCUAAGAAAAGAUAAAUUGAAUUAUUAUAGAGAAAAAUCAAUUGAUGAAUUUAACAAAAACAUAGACAAACUCAAAACAGAACAAGAAUUGGAUGAUUUGAAAAACGUAAUAAGAAAUAAUGACUUAUUAUUAGAUACGCAAAAACAAACAUUAAAUGAAAAAAUAAAUGAAAUAAAGAACAAAAUAAAUGAAUAUAACGGAAAAAUAAACAGAUCAAAUACUGUGGAUGAAAUUGAUAAUGUGAUUGAUGAAUUAUCCGCAGAUAAUAUAAUAUCACCCGAAUUAAAAACUGAAUUAACAAAAUUAUCUCGAGAAAAGAAAAAUAAAAUAAUAGAAGAAAUAUACACUGAUAAAAUAGAUAAAUCGAAAACCACAAAAGAAGUUGAAGAUGUGAUGGAUGAAUUAUUAAAAGAUAAUAUACUACCAGAUGAUUCAAAAACAAAACUCACAGAUUCCUUAGAUGAAAAAUAUUUAACUGAUAACAGAAAUAAAAUAGAAUUAAAUAGAAUUCGUAGCAAUAAAGAAAAUUCUUUAAUCGAUAAUUUCAGAAAAGAAGAAAAUGACAAUUAUAAUUCUUUGGUUGAAAAUAUAAGAAAUUGUGAAGAUUCAAACUUAUUAACAAGUGAAUUUUACAAUGAUAUCUAUCGUAACAUCGAAGAUUUAAACAAAAAUUAUCUUUCACCAGAAAACACAAAACAAAAAUUACACCAACUAAGAGAAGAAAGAAAAAAUAUAUUAGAAAAUAUAUAA